AUGGAUAGUGAAAGAGCUGCGUGGACGGUUUUACAAGGCGCCACGCGUCUCACGUGGACAUCGGUCGUAGGAAUAGUAGCGCGCGCGCAUUAUCGCCAAUCACGCCUGUCUCCCCUCCGCAGGGCCGGCGCAGCACUGAAGGCGGCCAAUGGCGCGCACGGGGCGGAGCUGGGCGAGCUCUCGGGCCUGCUCCACGCGGGCCUCGUGAAGCGCGAGCCCGAGGAUCUCAGCCGCAAGGUGGUCGACGAGCCCGAGCCGCACGCGCUCAAGCCGCCGCGACACAAGGUGGCGGUCGGCGAGCCCGGCGAAGCAGCAUCGCCGUCUCCGGUACCGUCACGAGCCUCGUCUGCAGGCUCGCUCUUGCCUGACGCGGCAAUGUAUGCAGCGCAAAUGUUUGCGCCCCCAGGCACGCCCAGUCCAACACCUUAUGGCGAUCAGUACCCACGGCAAACGGCUUCUUUUGCUGGCGAGCCCUACUAUCGAGAAUACUUUGUGGGCGAAGGUUAUCAACAGAGGGCUGCACCACCUUACAGUGAUACUGAGUCAGCAUCGGCGUCGACUUUCGGUGACCGAUAUUCGGCGCCUCGCUACCAUAGCAAGAGUGUGAUCGCUGCUGCAGGUCUUACAGUGGACCUGCCGUCUCCAGACAGCGGCAUUGGUGCCGAUGCUGUCACUCCCCGUGAUCAUACUACUGUCCAGCAGUCGUUCGAGUACACGGUAAUCUGCCAGCAGCCCGUGGGCGAAGACGGUCGCGGCACCCCCGCAGCGCACCACUCGCCCGCUCAGCCGCCCCGCACGCGCCCCUGGCACGAUUUCGGCAGGCAAAAUGACGCUGACAAGAUCCAAAUCGCUAAAUUGUUUUCCCCAUACGGGUUCAAAUACCACCUGGAGACGGCGAGCAGCAGUUCGCAGCGCCGUGAAGAUGACCGUAUCACUUACAUCAAUAAGGGCCAGUUUUAUGGCAUCACAUUGGAAUACAUCCAUGAUCCAGACAAACCACUUAAGAACCAAACCGUUAAGAGCGUCGUAAUGCUUAUGUUCCGGGAAGAAAAGUCACCAGAAGAUGAAAUUAAGGCUUGGCAGUUUUGGCACGGCAGACAACAUUCAGUUAAGCAGAGAAUACUAGAUGCUGACACGAAGAACAGCAUCGGACUCGCUGGUUGCAUUGAAGAAGUGGCCCACAAUGCUAUUGCUGUAUACUGGAACCCACUUGAAAGCGCAGCCAAGAUUAAUAUUGCUGUGCAAUGUUUGAGUACGGAUUUCAGCAGUCAAAAAGGAGUUAAGGGCUUACCAUUACACAUUCAGAUCGACACUUUCGAGGAUCCACGAGACACACAAGUCUAUCACAGAGGAUAUUGUCAAAUCAAAGUUUUUUGCGAUAAAGGGGCUGAGAGAAAAACAAGAGAUGAAGAAAGGAGAGCAGCGAAAAGAAAAAUGUCAGCAACGAAUAGGAAAAAGUUAGAUGAAAUAUACCAUCCGGUGACCGAAAGAAGCGAAUUUUACUCCAUGGCCGACUUAACCAAACCUCCGGUGCUGUUUAGUCCGGCUGAAGACAUCGAUAAGUUAACAGGAAUGGAUAUACAGGGAUUCUAUGGCCACGACGAAGCGGCUUUGGCCGAAGCUCACCUCAAAGGUGCUUCGCCUUUCCUGUUACAUGCGGCGAAACCUCAAGCCCCCGCUCUGAAGUUCCAUAAUCACUUUCCACCAGAUGCACCAGCGUACCGAUCGGAUGUAGGUGGACUCUCGCCCUACAGCGACAGGAAAGAUUCGCUGGAGUUAGAAGGCGUGCUCGGCAAGCGCGCGCGCACGUCGACGCCGCCGCUUAGCGAGCGCGUCAUGCUGUACGUGCGCCAAGACACCGACGACGUAUACACGCCGCUCCACGUCGUGCCGCCCACGACGCAGGGACUCCUACACGCCAUUGAGAAUAAGUACAAAAUUUCAAGUUCGGCAAUUAAUAAUCUUUAUCGAAAGAACAAGAAAGGGAUUACGGCCAAAAUUGAUGACGAGAUGUUGGCAUAUUAUUGCAACGAGGACCUGUUUCUCUUGGAAGUGCGGCCGGCGAGCUCCAGUGAAGACGAGCCUCUCUACGACAUCACAUUCGUCGAGUUGCCUCUGGAACAUUAACGCUAGUGUUGUAUUUUUGCAUUUCAUUAUACAGCUUACGCGGAAGAAAUAAACUGUAUGAUACUCAAGAAUACUGUAGAAAAUUGUAAAUGGAAUGCCACAUUCAUUGCACAGUGUAUUUAAUUAUAAUUACAAUGUAUUUCUAAUAACACAGUUGUCUGCGUAAGAUGUCGUUCACCACUUUCCAUAUUCUUAAUUUGUCUAUUUUUAAAGAAAGUGUAACGUUUGGCGUGGUGGACUUUUAAAUUCAGUGUCAUAACAUUCCGUAUUAUGUGCUCAUUAUUUAUAAAUAAGGUUGUUUCUAAAGUGUCGAUCUCAGAUUGAAAUUUACUAUUAAGGAAAAACAUCAACAACGAUACGUUUAUUUUAAUAAACAAAUGUCACAAAUCGUGGUUUAUCCGCUUUGUAAAUGGCGGUGGUACCAUUUUGUAUAUAUCUAUAUCUCUAGUGCCUUACAAAACAUUAUGAAAGAUAGUAAUGGCUGAGAAAAGCGAUUGUCUCAUUUGGUAGUAUGAACAUUGGCUUCUUUUUCGGUGAAAUCGUUACAAAUACGUAAACGAAUCGCUAAAGAAUUUAAUGAUCUACUUACGAAUUAAAUUGUGUGUGCCAUUCACUCGGUUAUCAUACUAGAUUUACGUAGUUAUCGUUAAACAGGUACCUUUAAUCUUGCCAUGAUGAUAAAAUAAGAAAUUCUUGUCACAAAUGUAAUAUUGUAGAUUAAUACUACUACAAUAAACAAAAAAAAAUAAUAAUAAUAAUGUGCCUUUGUCAUAAUAAUUAAUUUUUAAAUCUUAAUGUAAGUGAGUUAAGUCAAAUUAAAUGCCAUCCACUUUGUUAAGUUUUAUAUGGAUAAGUUUGCUUUAUAAGCUCGCUCAAUUCAUUCAUUUAGUAAAGUUGAUAUUAGUUUUAAGAUCAGUCACAAUGUUGUUUCCAUUUUAUAACAUAUUAUCAUAACUAGUAUACGUUAUGAGUUCAACAUGACAUAUUCCAGGUGUGAUUUACAGAUUAUUAAUAAACUAAUAUUUGGUGUUGAUUUGGUAUUACAUUACGUUUUAUGUAAUAAAAAAAAGACUAUAAGAGAUUUGUUUUUACGGAAUUUUAUACAAAAUCAUGUUAUUACAUAAUAUACGCAUUAUAUUGUCAUUCACACAGGAUCAUUUUCAACAAAUUUAUUAUUCAUAAACGGUUAUGGUUUGCGUGUAUAUUAUAGUUAUCAACACGAAUCUUGAGCGCUUACUUUUAACCUGCACAAAAACGAAAUUUGGGUCUAAUUAAUAAUUGAAUAUGUGGCACAGGGGUGAGGUAAUUAUACUGUCGUGAAUGCACGUUCAGUCGCACUUUGCGCCUUUACUACCACUUGAGCGCCCUAUUUAAUGAGUACUAUAUACUUAUAUUUAUUUUCAUUUCGUAGUAACAAACACUAAAACAUUAGUUUCAUUUUCUUAUUUUUUAUUUUAAUUUCAAUGUUUAUUAAUACUUAAUAUAUUUUUUCUCUCAUACAUAUAAUAAAAAAUAAUCCUACCAGUGUGCAUCGUACAUGAAUGGCAAACUAAAAAGUUUGCGACUCCUGUACGAUACGCAAUACGGUUCCCACUCUGUUGCCGAGCGCUCAAGAUUCAUGCCGAUACCUAUACAACUUUAUUGAUAAUAGAUAAUAGAUAUUAAAUAUUUUUAUUUUACGAUACAUAAGUCGUCGAUCUAUAACAACUGAGAAUGUGAAUAGAAUUUAACCGUUAAAAAAUCAGGAUUAUGUAAGAUUUACCUUUUGAACAGAAUUUUGAUAUUCAAUUUGCACCGAAUUUUUAACAUGAGACAUGUAAAAUAGCUUGAAUGACAAAAAAAAAAAUAUGUAUUUUAUUA